CCAGCCCAGGUGUCGCCAUUGCCAUCACCAGCCCAGCUGUCAUUGAGGCAUUUGAAAAGGCUGACAAGUGGUUGAAGCCGAUGCGGCCGUAGAAGCCCAACCAAAUGCAUAUCACACAUCCCUAUCUCCUUUGUGUGCCUGACAAGUCUUUCCGAGAUGAUCGGAAAAACCUUGACUGGUUCGCUUUUCCCCUCUGUCGCCCCCGUGCCAAAGUCGACGCCGAGCGCCAGUGUCCGACUCGGCGAUCCAACGCCCCCCCCUUUUCUGAGCCUGUUCUCGGGGAAAUUUGAGUCUAAAAAGAUAUGAUAAAGGAGGUGUAUAUGAUUGUCUAGAACUAAAAGAGAUGACCCAUGCGGUCCACCCAGCUUGUAAAGACAGCUUGAUCCCUUGGUGAUGUUUCGUUCCGCCCAACCCACCUGUCGCUCAGCAAUGUGGAUAGUGUGAGAUGAGUAUAGAUAUCGAGACUCGACCCAUAGCUACACUGUUGACGACGGAUCACCAAGAGACGGGAUAUGAAGUUUGGGAAGAAGAGGGAUGGGUCGUAGCUCAUGCGAUCGUGGAGAAGUGUACAAAUUGUCAUCUGUCAUCCUCGAACUCCUGCUCUACUCCUCGUCCGACCAUUUCGCUCGAACCUCUGGGGAUCAUCCGGUCAGCCUGUCAGCGAUGUCAUCGAUUAGGGAUACAGUCAUCAUGUUCGAGUCGUCAAUUGGGUAUGUCUUCGACUCAGCCUUCUUCGGCUUCGCGAUAUCAUUCAUUUGAUCCUCCACGACAUGAUCACGCAUCCCUUGUUAGGUUCAGGACGACCGAACCGGUGAACGUGACUUAUCCAGUCAAUGAAGGACCUUUUCCUCGACUACCAAUCCCUCGAACCAGUCUUUACAGCAUAUGCUGGGCGUACGAUGCGUGGCAGGACCAGAUUGGGAAGAGACAUAUCGAUCAAUUGAUCAGGAAGAAGAAGGAUACAGUGAGGACGUCGCUCCAUUUGGCUGAAAGGGAUCAAGAGAUGUUCCAUAUAUAUGCCGUGAGGUUGGAUUCGUUGGAGAAGGCUUCUCCACAGUCUAGAGACGGAAUCAAGAUCACAAUCACUCCGGCUCAGUCAGAAAGGAGUAGUACUCUGAACUCGAACGCUGAGAGUAUCCACUCCAAUACAUAGCAGAUGUCGCUUGAACUUGAAAUGCCACGAGCACGUUCCAGAG